CUUCAGGAUGCCACUAAUCACAUCCUUGCAGGAAGAGACAAGAAUGCAAUGUUAGAAAUCAAAUAUAUUAAUCCAGUUAAAGGUCGUGGUAUCUUCACUUCAGCUGUUUUCAAUCAAGGAGACUUUGUGGUGGAGUAUAGAGGGGAGCUCAUUGAUGCAGCUGAAGCUGAACAUAGGCGUAAACUGUACCACAGUGCAUGUUCAAUCUUCAUGUUUGACUUCAAAUGGAAGCGGAAGACAUGGUGUAUUGAUGGAGCACUUGAAGAUGGAUCAUUUGGACGACUGGUAAACGAUGAGCACAAGUCACCAAAUUGCAGAAUGAAGUUGAUUGAAGCAGGAGGGAAGCCACAUAUGUGCCUUUUUGCACUGAAGGAAAUUGUGUCCGGAACUGAAAUCACCUAUGACUAUGGUGGGAAGGAAUGGCCCUGGCGCAAAAAGGUUCCCCUUACUGUUACAAGCACUGCUGCUCAAGAGUCUAUUAAAGACAGUUUCCAAGACCAAAUCAUGUCAUCCACAGUCUUUAUUGAAGAGACCAGAGAGAGACCAGAAGUCCAGUCCUGCAAUAUGACACCAGGCAGUUCAGCUUGUGAGACACAGCUCAGUGGUGCAAGCUUCCCUUCUGGCCAACACUCCAUUGCAGAGCUUGGUGACGAUGCCCAUGACUUGGAAGCCAAUGUUUUCUCUUCAGACUUAUACAGAGAUGCAGAAUUGAGAGCAGAGUGUCAGUCAUUUAUUCCCACACCAGACAGCCCUGCACAUGAGGUGCACUGUGUCAGGGGCCAGUGUAGCACUUCGACUGCAAAAGAGGGGAUUGGAGAAGUUAGUGUCCAGCCGCAGGAGGUGUCACCCCCUGUGUUCUCAACAGACUUUGCCAGUGAGACCAAAUCGAUAUUGGAAUGCCAAUCAUCCAGAUCCACACCAAACGACUCUGCAUGUGAGUGUACAAUUCAUCAGCUGGUUUUUGAAAUGGUGAGAAUUGACGAAUGCUGGAUAUGUCAUUCACCUUUGACAUCUAUCAGAUGGUGCGGUCUAAGAUGCAAACGUAAGUGUGUUUUUCAUCUUCUCCCAAUUAAUGCAUUUCUCAGUAUGCCAUAA